GACAAGAUGAUGUCUUUUCAAAAUCACAAUGAUCCCGCUGACAUGAAAACAGUGAGUUCCUGUGCAAAGAUCCCCGUGGAUGUGUUUUAUGAACCAAAGAAUAUAUGCAAGGCCUUCCAGGAUAUUUCUGCAUACUUUUCAGAUGAAGAGUGGGGAAAGCUGACCAAAUGGCAAAAAAGUGCCUACGUGUAUAUGAAGAGAAACUAUGUCCGAAUGACUGGCCUAGGGGUCACAGUGAACCAACCAGUUUUCAUGCGUUGCAAGGAGCUGGCCAAGCGAUCCCUGGUCGAAUGUAUUGAAAUUCAUGAUAGUGAAGAUGAAUGCUCUGGCAGAGCUUGUGGCGUGACCCAGAGGAAACGGAUGAAGCUGGCAUCGGUGACAAUAAGUAUUCAUAACAUCAAAGGAAGACUUGCCUCUGGAGAGAACGGUUCCAAUGUGGCAGGAUCGGGUACCAUUCAUGUAAGCCCUUGGCUUCACCGGCUGCGAGAGAGGAAGACUCGAGUGAUAUAUGAAGAGAUUAGUGAUUCUGAAACUGAUGAUGAUGAUUAUUAUUGA